AUGGACAACGACCCGACGAUGGACUCGACCGGCUUUCAGUUCCAGGCAAAUUCUACAUCAAAAUGGGACAACGAACUCAAGUUUGCUGCAGCUGGCUCCGUCCGCACCUCGAUCAUCGUCCUAUCGGUUUUCAACGUGAUUGUAGCAUUCGCAGUUACUAUCAGUAUUCUUCUGCGCUCAUGGAGAACGCUAAAACAAGUCGAACCGAUAUGGGACUUCAAGUCGUCUUGGUUUCGGCUAGUCAAAGGACGAGAUGUUUACCCCUUCGUACUUUCCUUGGGCAUUGUAGUUCAGGGAAUUGUGUAUGCUACUGCUCAAGCCAAGGGACUUGAGUCACUUAUGAUCCUUGGGUGUGCCACAAUAUCGCGAAUGAUGCUGCUAGCUUUCUUCAUCGUACCCUUCAUUCAGAUGUUGUUCGGCCUGGAGUUGACAAUCCGUAUUACGAGGCCGAGCAUAUUCCCUUUCCGUGGCAAAUUCAACACCCUUGCCUGUCUAGUAACCAUCGGUAUCUUGUUGAUCAUCGUGUUCUCCAUAACCUUUGCUGUUCUACCCUCGGAGUUUUGCUUUGCCAGUCUGAUCUCUUUCCUACAUCGAUACGAUGCCGGAUGCUUUGGGGUUCUACUCACUGUCAUCCUGAUAGUUCUGAUUGAGUGCGGAGUCAUAUGCUUCAAGCUUCAUACUGGUGCCAGAAUGCGCAUUGUUGAGAGGGACGAGGCAUCUCGCAUGGUCUACCAUAUGAUAAUUGCUGUGAUAUCAUAUACUUUGCAAAUAACAUUCUUCUACAAUACGGCGUUCCGAGAUACAGGAGCCGCAGAUGACACGUCAAUGACACUGAACAUGAUCGGAACAGUUGUAAUGAACAUGUCAGGACUGUUGCUUGGCUGUCUCUAUCUCUUCUUGCGAUCAAGCAGAUCCCCAACUGGCUGUUCUGAUGACGACAUUGAAGCGUCUCAGGGUUUCAGAAAAUGGGGUGAUGACCAGGAUCAAGAGCCCCCAACCCCUGGGUCUGCGAUGCUACAGCCUCUUGAUCUUCCCAAGCUGGUUCGCAAGGCUGAAAGCAAAGAAGAUCUGACGCUGGACGACAGAGUGGAAGACAAAGUGUUUGGUGCGCGCAAGGACUUCCUCAACCGUGGCCUGAAGCCUCUGCGAUUGGGAAGUAUGCGUAAUUCAGGCGAUCUUCCAACCGCACCGAAACCUGUACGGACGUCAUCAAAGGAGUCGAUCAAAAACUUCAAGAGAAGCAUGUACAGCAUUUUCCCCAAAGCCGAGCCACCCAAGUCGCCCAUCCUUUUGCCGACAACAACCUACAAAGAUUCCACACCCAAAAAAACACCAGCGCUUCAAAACUUAGCUGACGAACUUCUUGCACCGCCUGCCCUCCGUCUCCCGGAUAAAAGAUUCCGGUCAAGCGGUGCUUCUAUGCUCUCAACUGCAACUGUGCAGAUUGGCCUGCGCCUUUCCAACAUCGGCGAUAUGCGCCCCGCCAAACCGGAGCUCAAACUAGACACAAAUACAAACCAAGUGCACGACCUCGACUGUCCCAACAGUACAGUAAGGUUCUUUCCAAGAAAAACGAGUCCACUUGCCAUCGCCAUUGUCGAUGUCCCAGGCGAGGGUACUAGGUAUAAGAUCCAGGACAACUUUGAUGAGAGACUAUCCGAGAAGGAACUUCCACCAGUUCCUCUCAGCGCGGGUAUGAACACUCCGCCGGAGACAACUCUCAGUUCCGCUGUAUAUAGCCCUCAAGAGAAAACGCCCGUCUCAGCCUCGCACAAUCCCAGGGCUGGAUCAGUCAGUUCUGUAAGAGCUCAUAGCCGACAGGGCUCAAGAAAUAUGGGAGAGCCAAGCAGACUUGCCAGCCGUCAGAGCUCUAGGAUCGUACCAGAGAUUGGCAGAAUGCAUAGCCGACAAGGCUCAAGGGUUGGGCCAGAGACGGGUAGAGUACAUAGUCGCCAAGGGUCAAGAGUUGACUUAGAGGCAACAAAAGGAAAAGGACCAUGGAUUUGA